AUGGCGUCGGGGCUCAGGGCUGCGGGGCCCGAAGAGCCGCUGCGGGCCGUGAGCCCGGGCGAGGCGGCGGCGGGCGCGACCCCGGUGCGCGCGGUGGCGGCGGCCCCGCGGCCGGUCAGGGGCAGAGCGGGCCGGGAGGCGGCGCGGCGGCGGCUGCAGCCCCCGGGCGCCCCCGCGGCCGAGCGCCGGGGGAAGGCGGCCGAGGCCCAGCCGGCGGCGGCGGCCGCGGGGCCCGAGGAGGAGGCGCGGCCGCUGCCCGCCGUGUGCGCGUCGCCGCUGCGGGCCAUGUGGCGGGCGGAGAAGGUGGCGCUGUACUGCGACGCGGUGCUGCUGGGCUGCCAGGCGGAAGACGUGGAUGAGGCUAUGAGCAAGUACCUGUCGGGAAAGCUGGCGCAGAAGGAGAAGUGGCUGGGCGUCUGGAAGACCAACCCGGAGCUGUUCUUCGCGCAGUUUGAGGAGGCGUCGCUCCCGUUCGUGGGCAUCCUGGUCGAGGUCACCUGCAGGCUGCGCCAGAGCUCCUCGCCCUGCUUCAAGGUCGCCGUCUCCGUGGCCGAGCCCUUCUCCUCCAACAUCGCCAACAUCCCGAGGGAGGUGGUGGACGAGGUGCUGGAGGAGCUGGCGCAGAGCGUGCCGCUGCUGGAGGUGUACCCCGUGGAGGGGCAGGACGCCGCCGUGGGCGACAUCGCCCUGGCCUUGGAGGUCGUGAGGUUUUUCUAUGACUUUCUCUGGAGAGACUGGGACGAGGAGGAGGGCUGCGGGCACUACACCGCACUGAUUGAGGAGCGGAUCAACCUGUGGUGCGACAUCGAGGACGGCACGAUCCCCGGGCCCAUCGCUCAGCGGUUCCGGAGGACCCUGGAGAAGUACAAGAGCAAGCGCGUGGAGCUCAUCGAGUACCAGGGCAGCAUCAAGGAGGACCCGUCGGCCGCUGAGGCCGUGGAGUGCUGGAAGAAGUACUACGAGAUCGUGAUGCUGUGCGGGCUGCUGAAGACCUGGGAGGACCUGCGGCUGCGAGUUCAUGGACCUUUUUUCCCAAGAAUUCUGAGACGUAGGAAAGGAAAGAGAGACCUCGGAAAGACGAUAACACAUAUUGUCGCCAAAGUGAUGACGACUGAGAUGGUGAAGGGCUUGUCCUCAGACACUCUCCUGCAACAGCACGGCGACCUGGACGUGGCUCUGGACAGCUGUUACAGCGGGGACACCGUGGUCAUCUUCCCGGGAGAGUACCAGGCUUCGAACCUCGCUGUGCUCACUGAGGACAUCGUCAUAAGGGGAGUUGGCAGGCGAGAGGACAUCCUGAUCACUUCCGAGCCUUCUCACGACAGCUUUGUGGUGUCCAAAGCCGACAACGUUAAGCUGAUGCAUCUGUCUCUGAUACAACAAGGCACAGUCGAUGGCAUUGUGGUGGUGGAGUCUGGCCACCUGACUCUGGAGAACUGCGUGCUAAAAUGUGAAGGAACAGGAGUGUGUGUGCUCACGGGGGCCGCCUUGACAGUCACAGACAGUGAGAUAACGGGGGCCCAGGGAGCUGGUGUUGAACUCUACCCUGGGAGCAUAGCCAUUCUGGAGAGGAAUGAGAUCCAUCACUGUAACAACCUCAGAACCAGCGACAGCUCCAAGAGCACCCUGGGAGGAGUAAAUAUGAAGGUUCUUCCAGCACCCAAACUGAAGAUGACUAAUAAUCAUAUUUAUAGCAACAAUGGCUAUGGAGUGAGCAUUCUGCAGCCGACAGAACAGUUUAUUAUUGUAGAAGAAACUCUGAACAAAGGGGCUGCCUCAGGAGACAAAAAAGAUGAUAACAUGCUCUCCAAAGUGAUGCAAAACCUGAAUCUGGAAAUGAAUAACAACAAGAUAGAAGCAAAUUUGAAGGGGGACAUCAGAAUAGUCACAAGUUAA